GCCCUCUCUGGAUGAACAAGCAAACAGGAUUCGCAGCCACUCCACUUGGACUGAGGGAAGAAAAGGUUUUUAAAGGGAAUCAAGAAUCUGACAAGUGGCUGGUCUGACCCACCAUGGCUAACACAGAGGACCAAGGAAUGGAGAUACACACAAAUCCCAUAGAAAAGCUCAGGGCACAGUGCUUGGCAAGAGGCUCAGCUGGCAUUAAGGGGCUGGCCAGAGUUUUCCACAUCAUGGAUGAUGAUAAGAGCAGGUCCUUGGACCUAGCAGAGUUUGUGAAGGGCCUGAGCUCAGCUGGCAUCAUGCUGGGAAGCAGGGAGGCACAGCAAAUCUUCAGCCUCUGUGACAAGAACAGCAGCGGCACGAUGGAUUUUGAGGAGUUCCUGGAAGCCCUGAGGCCACCCAUGUCGGCCGCCAGGAAGCAGAUUAUAGCUGAUGCAUUUCACAAACUGGACAAGACUGGAGCCGGCGUGGUGAGCGUGGAGGAUCUCCAUGGGGUGUAUGACGGCAAAACUCACCCCAAGUACCAGAGCGGGGAAUGGACAGAGGAGCAGGUGUUCCGAGCAUUCCUGGACAGCUUUGACUCACCCAAUGACAAGGAUGGAAAGGUCACAGCCGAGGAGUUCCUGAACUACUACAGUGGGGUCAGCGCAUCCAUUGACAGUGACGACUACUUUGUGGCUAUGAUGAAGAGAGCCUGGAAGCUGUAGCACCUGUGGGGAAUCCAGUGCAGUCCUGGAAGAUGCUAAGUUAGAACCAGAUCAGGGCAGUUUCCAAGAAAUCCUAUUCAGCAUUUCAUAGCAAAAUGCUGCUUUUUGUAGUGAUCAAGUUGCUUGUCACCAAGAGGCCCAGCUUUGAGUUACCAGGCCUUUCCAGAGGCUGUGAAAUCUUGACACCUGCCUGCAGAAUAGAGAAUCAUAGAUUAGAGUUGGAAGAGAUCUCAGGAGGUCAUCUAGUCCAACUCCCUGCUCAAAGCAGGACCAAUUCCCAACUAAAUCAUCCUAGCCAGGGCUUUGUCAAGUUGGGCCUUAAAAACUCCAAGCAAGGAGAUUCCACCACCUCCCUAAGUAGCCCAUUCCAGUGCUUCACCACCCUCCUAGUAAAAUAGUUUUUUCUAAUAUCCAUCCUAGACCUCCCCCACUGCAACUUGAGACCAUUGCUCCUUGGUCUCUCAUCUGCCACCACUGAGAACCGCCGAUCUCCAUCCUCUUUGGAACCCCCCUUCAGGUAAUUGAAGGCUGCUAUCAAAUCCCCCCUCAACUCUUCUCUUCUGCAGACUAAAUAAGCCCAGUUCCCUCAGCCUCUCCUAAUAAAUCAUGUGCCUCAGCCUCCUAAUAAUUUUCAUUGCCCUCCGCUAGACUCUCUCCAAUUUGUCCACAUCCUUUCUGUAGUGGGGAGCCCAAAACUGGACACAGUGCUCCAGAUGUGGCCUCCAGUUCCAGCUGGGCAAAGAACAGCUCAUUUUGUUUGGGGGCUGAACUGGAGAAAAAAAUCCAGUUCAAUUUGAAUCACAACUAAUUUUUUCAAAUGUUUGUGAUUGAAAUUGAAGAAAAAAAAAUCUGGUCAACAAUCCCCCCCUUGAGUUUUUCAUUUCAAUUUGGCUGAUUUGGGAUAUUUUCAAUCUUUUUGUGUUUUUGUUUUCAAAUUUGGCCAAUUUAAAAAAAAAGUUUCAAAAAGAAAGCCAAUUUUUCAGGGGUUUUUGGGGAUAAAACUAUUAAUAGAAUUUGAACCAAAUUCAGUGUCAGAGUCUCCAAAAAUUCAUUUUCUGGCAAAAAUUAUAUAUGCUAAAUAAAAUUUCUUCCAGCUCUACUGCAUAGUCCCUCAGCACUAGAGUCCACAUUGACUCCCCCUUCCCACCUCCCCCAGCACAGCCUGGAAUUUCAAUUACAUAAAAACCUGAAAUAAAAUAAUCCUUCCCUUCCCCCACCCUUUGCCUGUCUUGUCUAUUUAGACUGCAAACGAGUGCAGGGACUGGCUGUUACCGCAUGGAUGUGCAGUGCCCAGUGCAGUCGGGCCCUGACCUCAGCUAUGCUAGGGUUACCAUACGUCCGGUUCUUCCCGGACAUGUCCGGCUUUUCGGCAAUCAAACCCCCGUCCAGGGGGAAUUGCCAAAAAGCCGAACAUGUCCGGGAAAAAUACGGCCGGGCACUUCCUCUCCCGCGGCUGCUCUGCUCCUCCCCUGACUCAGACUUCGGCUCUGUUUAAGAGCCAAGCUGCCCGAGCCAGUGCUACCGGCUUCGGGCAGCCCCCGUGCCUCCGGACCCCAGCCGCCGGCCGGGCACUUCUCCUCCCCGGCUCCAGCUGCUCUGCUCCGGCAGCGCAGGGUCCGGAGGCAAGGGGGCUGCCCGAAGCCCGUAUCGCUGGCUCGGGCAGCUUGGCUCUUAAACAGAGCCGAAGAGUCAGGGGAGGAGCAGAGCAGCCGGAGCCCGGGAGGGGAAGUGCCCGGCCGGGGGCGCAGGGUCCGGAGGCAAGGGGGCUGCCCGAAGCCCGAGCGCUACCGGCUUCAUGGUUUGCCGGGCAGCCUCCAGACCCUGCAGGAGCAUUUACUAAUAUACACUGGCUAGCAUAUAUAUUGUGUUGGUAAUGCUACCUGCAAUAUAUGUACUCCAGACAUUUAAGUUUUAGUAUAGUAGUUCUAUAGCCCAAAUUGGUCUGUACCUUUGUUAUAAUGCUGUACACUUAUGCCAAGUAUUCCCUAACAUCUUACAUUACAUAGAACAAUUUUGGCUUGUGUAAAUAGGAAAACUGACAAUAUCAGGACAUAUAAUUAUUUCCUCAUGACAAUAGGAAAGGAGCUGCCCACACAAACCUAGGAGGUGCCUUCAUACCUCUUAGUACCUGGAAUACAUGUGUUCAGAACAAACGAUAAAGGCGUACACCAUGGUACCAGAAACAAAGACAGAAAGUUCAUUAAUUAAAUUCAGUUCCAAAUGACGUAUGCUGUACCUUCUUCUGGUAAAACAAGUAGGGGAUAAAAGGAUGGCUCUAGAGGUGUAACUUUGGGGAGCACACCUACAUAAUGUGAAUGUAACACUGUUGCACAGGACUGCUCUUCAGAGACUGGUAUAAUAUAGGACCUUUUUCCUGCACCAUAUUAAUAAACCUGACUGACAUAGGUUA